CCGACGCCCUUUAUUUGACAUUCACAAAAUUGCAUACCAAACCUCGAAAUUGUCAUCAUCAUCACUGGUAAACUCAAUUAUACGUCACGUAAAUCCAUUUAAUUACCAGAGAUACGUAGUAACUGCAGGUGAUUAUCCAACAGCAAGUUAUUUUAUUAACCGGAGUAAUUAUUGUCUUGGGAGAAACGUAAUGGCGUUGAACAAACUCAGUAUUGACAAAGUAGACCUCACCGGCAAAAGGGUAUUGAUAAGAGUUGACUUCAAUGUGCCGUUGAAGGAGGGCAAGAUCACCAACAAUCAGCGAAUCGUUGCUGCUCUGGAUACUGUUAAGUAUGCGUUGGAUAAGAAGGCCAAGUCUAUUGUGCUUAUGUCACAUCUAGGACGUCCUGAUGGCUCACGUAAUACCAAGUACACUCUUAAACCAAUUGCUGAUGAAUUAAAAACACUUCUUGGAAAAGAUAUCUUGUUCCUUGAUGACUGUGUUGGUCCGGAUGUUGAGAAAGCGUGCGCUGACCCUACACCGGGAACUAUUAUUUUGCUGGAAAACUUGAGAUUCCAUGUUGAAGAAGAAGGAAAAGGUGUUGGACCUGAUGGCAGCAAGAUCAAAGCUGACAAAGAUAAAGUUACGGAAUUCCGCGCAUCGUUGAGAAAACUUGGUGAUGUUUACAUCAACGAUGCCUUUGGAACCGCUCACCGCGCCCACAGCUCGAUGAUGGGCGACGGGUUUGAAAUUCGUGCUAGUGGAUUUUUGUUGAAGAAAGAGCUCGAGUACUUCGCCAAAGCUCUUGACAAUCCUGAGAAACCAUUCUUGGCAAUUCUUGGUGGUGCUAAGGUUGCCGAUAAAAUACAGUUGAUCAAUAACUUGCUGGACAAGGUCAACGAAAUGAUUAUUGGUGGUGGUAUGGCUUACACUUUCCUCAAAAUAUCAAAAGGAAUGAAAAUUGGAAAUUCUCUGUUUGAUGAAGAAGGUGCAAAAAUCGUGAAUGAUCUUCUGGAAAAAGCUAAAAAAAAUAAUGUCCAGGUUCAUCUUCCAGUUGAUUUUGUUACUGCAGAAAAAUUUGCUGAAGAUGCUGCUGUAGGAGCUGCUGAUGUCGAGUCAGGAAUUCCCGAUGGUUGGAUGGGACUUGAUAUUGGUCCUAAAUCUCGUGAAUUAUUUGCUGAACCAAUAAAAAGAGCUAAAGUGAUCGUUUGGAACGGACCAGCUGGUGUCUUUGAGUUCGAUAACUUUAGCAAAGGAACAAAAAGUUUAAUGGACAAUGUAGUUGAGGCAACAACUCGUGGAGCGAUCACAAUAAUCGGUGGUGGUGAUACGGCAACUUGUGCUGCUAAAUGGAAAACUGAAGACAAAGUAAGUCACGUCAGCACUGGUGGCGGUGCGAGCUUGGAAUUAUUGGAAGGUAAAGUUCUUCCAGGAGUCGACGCACUCUCUCCAGCCUAAACUUGAUACCAAUUUAAAUAAAUAGAGUUACAAAUAAUUACCAAAUAAAUUAUUGUAAAAAAACUACUGUCGUAAAAAAAUGUACUGAGUAUUUAAAAGUAUAAAUGAGAUUUAAAUAAAUAAUAUCAGUAAUAAAAUAUAUUGACAAGUAAAAUAAAGUGUUCCAUGUCACAAUAAAAAGACAAGUUAAUAACAAA